GUAGUCUCCCUCCACCUUGAUGCAUAGCAUGUUUUUUUUUUCAAAGAUAGUCUAGCCAAGCUCCCGAACCCUAUCAGGCCCGUAGUAUCAGGCUCGUGACUAGUGCUUGCAUUUUAGUGCUGUGUCGGUGGCUGUGCUCCGAAGAACCACCGUUUGCGGGUCACGACCAUAUUCCACCGCCCUCUGCAAGCUUUCCGUUCGACUACUCAUCGUGGCCCGUGCUGGCCACCUUUCAACGCUUAUUUCCUCUCGCCUUCUUCUCAAGAACACAACAAUCCCGCAGGAGUAAUACCCUCCCUAUCUCUCAGUCUAGGCAUAGCCCCCCUCAAACUUCAAACAUGCCUUCAGACAGCCCCCCGCCAACCAAAGCCGGUCUUCUCAAGUGGUGGACUCAAUUCACCCAUGCUCAGAAUCGCAAAAAAGAUUCCGACCCGAGUAGAACUCUAGAUCAGGAGGAACAUCCGGUGUUUCAAAAACCACUCAAAGAGAGUCUGAGAUAUGCAAGCGUGCAGAUUUCGACUGCAAAUGCAAAUGGCGAGCUCUACAUUUGGGGGUACAUACCUGUCGUUGUGGCGAAAUGUGGCCUUUAUCUCAAAGAAAAUGCUACAGAGGUGGAGGGGACGUUUCGUGUCAACGGUUCUACUAAGCGCAUGCGAGAUCUACAAGCCGCUUUCGAGACACCGCCACGGUACGGAAAAUCGUUGGACUGGAAAAAUGAACACUUUACAACACAUGAUGUCGCAAGCGUCUUUCGUAGAUAUUUAACCCAAAUGCCUGAACCCGUAAUACCACACGAUAUGUAUCACGACUUCCGGGACGUUUUGGGAAAGAAACCAUUCAACCAUGAUGAAGUGAUUGCAACGUACAAGCGUCUAAUUCAACGUAUGCCCCGCGCCAACCAAUACCUUCUUCUCUACGUAUUGGAUCUAUUAUCAGUAUUUGCACGAAAAUCAGAUAAAAAUCUUAUGACAGCCACAAGUACGCCACGCCCCUCUGCGAUUAACUUUAUCCUCAUCUCCCGCGCAGAUCUCGCGGUAAUCUUUCGGCCCGGCCUUAUAUCCCAUCCUACCCAUGAAAUGUGCCCUGGGGAACAUGCGCUGAGCCAACGUGUCCUCGAAUUUCUCAUUGCGCAACAGGAUUGGUUCUUACUCGACAUACCACCGCCACCACGAUCGGAGCAGGGCUCUUCGUGGAAGCCUCCACCGCGGCCCCACCACGCACACACGCAGGUGCCAAGUGAGGAAGACUCGGAUCUUGUUGUUGUACCUAGUUCAGAUGACGAGCCUACGUCAAUUACUGGGGGCUGGAAGCUUGUCGGCCGUGACAGACGCCGCAUUUACAGGCGCCGCACAACGCUAGAACACACUGGUUCGCUCGACAGAACAGAUGACGUUGAUGGUGGGCAAUUGUCGCCUGUCCUGGAGACCCCAACAUCCCGCCCUGUAAGCCAAGCUUCAGGUCCUGCAGUGAGCCGAAGUCGGACGCUGCCCUCCAAUCGAGGAAGCACGGACGACGAGAAACACCGUGCUAGGGUGCUCAGAAAACAGAAGCGAGCAUCAGCUCAGCCGCGACCUGGGGGCCAUGCGGGAGGGUAGGAUGGGUGAGAUGUGGGUGAAAUGGAGUCACAUCUGGAAGUUUGUGAUAUUGAUAUACUUCGAGGCGGGCACGGCGUUGUUGUGCCGAGCUCCCGAUCGCCCAUUUGUUGUUAUUGUUUUUUUCUUUUCCUUUUUACCGGUUUGGACAAUUGCCAUCUGAGUUUUCUAUGUAUACUUUAGGGCUACUUACUUGGGGAGAUAACAAGGACACAUGCCGCCGACCGUCGUCCAGGUUCGGUCAGGGCAGAUAUUAACAUAAA